UUCUAAAUAACUUCCCAAACUCGUCUCUCUCUUCUCGUGUCUCUCUCUCUAACUCACCAAGAACCAGUCGCAGAUUUCUCUCGCUGCCGGUUCUAACUGCUAAAGGUUAGCCCUCUCACUUUUAGAUCUACCAGUGUCCUUGCUUGUCUUUUUCAUUUCAUUUGAAAAAAUGGCCUCCCACAUCGGUGGAUGUCCUCCCAUGGGCCCCGAGGGAGGGCUCAAGUUUGCAUUGGAAUCUUUCUGGGAUAAGAAGAGAAGUGCUGAGGAUUUGAAAAAGGAUGCAGCCUAUCUGAGGUCUUCCAUCUGGAAGCAGAUGGCCAGUGCUGGCAUCAAGUAUAUUCCUAGCAACACAUUCUCUUAUUAUGAUCAGGUGCUUGAUACAACCGUGAUGCUCGGCGCUGUUCCCCCUAGAUAUGGUUGGACCAGUGGUGAGAUUGGGUUUGACACUUACUUCUCCAUGGCUAGAGGAAAUGCCUCUGUACCUGCUAUGGAGAUGACCAAGUGGUUCGACACCAACUACUGUUUCAUUGUCCCUGAAUUGGGACCUGAGAUCAAGUUCUCAUAUGCUUCCCACAAGGCUGUUGACGAAUAUAAGGAGGCUAAGGCGCUUGGAGUAGAUACCGUUCCAGUCCUUGUUGGCCCUGUCUCCUACUUGUUGCUCUCAAAACCUGCAAAGGGUGUCGAGGAAUCAUUUUCUCUUCUCUCCCUUCUAGACAAAAUCCUUCCAAUCUAUAAGGAAGUUGUUGGUGAGCUAAAGGCCGCUGGUGCAUCAUGGAUUCAGUUUGAUGAGCCCACCCUUGUGAUGAAGGAUCUUGAAUCUCACCAAUUGCAAGCAUUCACUGCUGCAUACUCUGGGCUAGAAUCAGCUUUGUCGGGCCUGAAUGUUAUUGUCGAGACUUACUUUGCUGAUGUUCCAGCUGAGGCAUUUGAAACCCUCACCAGCCUCAAGUGUGUCACUGGUUUUGGUUUUGAUCUGGUUCGGGGAGCACAAACUCUUGAUUUGAUUACAAGUGGAUUCCCGUCAGAAAAAUACCUCUUUGCUGGAGUGGUUGAUGGAAGAAACAUAUGGGCCAAUGAUCUUGCUGCACCUCUCAGCCUGCUGCAGACUCUUGAGGGCAUCGUGGGUAAAGACAAGCUUGUUGUCUCCACCUCUUGCUGGCUUCACCACACUGUUGAUUUAGUUAAUGAGACUCCGUUUGACAAAGAGCUGAAAUCAUGGUUGGCAUUUGCUGCUCAAAAAGUCGUUGAAGUCAAUUCAUUGGCAAAGGCAUUGGCUGGUCACAAGGAUGAGCGGCCAAUCAUCUUUGGUGGUGUGAGCCGCCAAAAGGCAAUGAAAGGAAAGCUUACUGGCUCCAUGCCCUUGCUCGACAGAUUUGAAACUAGCCAUCAGGCCAUCAAGGAUGAAGUAGUGGAAGAUCCACAAGCCGGUGUCACUGACACUGCCACUGACACUACCCAGAUCCACACCCACACGUGCUGCGUCCACGACAUCAUUCAGAUGAUCAUUCACUCUGACGAGGAGCUCCUCUUCAGCGAGGGAAUGAAGUAUGGUGCUGGAAUUGGCUCCGGUGCUGAUAAAAAAGUAUUUUGGGAAGUUGGUAAAAAAUCAACUUUUUGGCUUUUUGGCUUUUUUAGUGGUUUUAUGGCAAAAAAAUUGACUUUUUUGACAAAAAAGACUGCUUUUUUGGCAAAAAAGCCGGCUUUUUUGUGUGGAAAAACUAAAAAGCCAAAAAAUUAGUUUUUUGGGGGAUGUUUGUUUGGUUUUUUUUUAGCCAAUUUAUACUUCUAGUUUUAGAGAAGUUAUUUUGGACUGUUUGGUUAAAUUUAAGGGUUGUUUGGGAUGUUCUAAAUAAGUGUGUUUUUUGACUUUUUAUGAAAUAUGUAUUGGGUUUGAA